UAUCUAGGUUAUCAAUGUGAUGAAUAUAUGAUUGCAAGUAUAACCUGCAAUUCACAAACAUCCCAGGAUUGAUAUCACGUGAAUUGGAGCGAAGUCGACACAGUAGCAGUAGCUUGGAGAAGAGAUACAGCACAGUUUUUCUGAUCUUGACAAGCACUUCAUUUUGAUCAACACCAAGAAAUAUGGCGAAUAUUUUUUGGUUGAUAGCUUUUGCUCGAUUUUGCCAAAGUUUGGUAAAUGCCAGUUCAUGUCCAAACAAGCAGUACUGUGACACUGCAGAGAUAAAGUACAGGUCGUUCUCCGUUGAUUUUGACUCGUAUCUGAACAGUAUAGACCAUACUAUUAAAACCAUUGCAGCAAACUCAACUCAAACAUGCAUGCAAGAAUGUACCCGUACACCCGGAUGCCAAUCUGGUAACCAUUUUCAGCCAUCUAGCCCGGACGGCGUUUCCUGUGACUUAAUCAAUGCCAAUAAGUGGUCAAAUGCUUCACUUUUUCAGAAAAGAAUUGGCUCAAAGCAUUUCUUUGUCAAAAGUCCUUGUUCAAGCAAUCCAUGCAAAAACGGUGGUACUUGCAUUUCCUUGGACCAGGAAAAUUCCUAUCAGUGCGCAUGUGCUGCUAGCAAUAAUACAGUGAAGAUCUCUGGUACCAAUUGUGGAAUAAGAAAAGCUGGGAAAUUUUCGAGUGACGUCCUAUUCAGCUUCAAUCAGAACAAACCAAGAGAUGUUAAAAGCAGCAUAUCACGCGCUCUUACUACGCAAGGCAAAGCUACAGUUUUACGAGUUCCAAGCAAGACCGCUACUGUUUUCUACCUUCCUGGCGAGUUAGGCUCUCAUGCCUACACAACGGACUAUUCUUCAGAGUGCAUCAUGGACAUGACCGCCUGUGCAACUAGCCCAAACAAUGGAUUAACGGUAUCGUUCUGGUUUAAACUUUUCAAAAGAAGCCAAGAAAGGUUCAAUACAACAAGUUGCACGACAAAUAGUAUCAUAGUUGUGCAGUCUUGCAAUGAUAUUGAUUUGGAAAAUGGUUUUAUUGUAAAGUUUAGCGGAUGCCAAGAAAAUGCAAUGAAAGUUUGGAUCAGGGACGACACUACUAAGCUUUCAAGUCUCUGGGGAAAUACCUACCAAGAAUCAAAACAUAAAACAUGGAAUCAUUUCAUGUUUACAUAUCAAAAGUCGAAUGGUCUCUUUUUGUAUUACAACGGAUUGAAAGUUAACCAACAAACGAGCACAACAACUUUGGGGACAUCAGGUGACAAGUCGACCCAUCUCCAGUUUGGCAGAGUUGGACGUGGAAACUUUGAAAUGUAUCUUGAUGACUUUGCUGUAUGGUAUAACUUUUUCACUCCUGCGGAUGCUUUGUUUAUGUACAAUAGUGACAAAUGAACGUGUUUUGCAGCAGAAGAGUUUCAUUUCCAUUUUAGCACAACGAUCGACAACUGCUUAAUAAAAACGGCACUCAUAGUUAUUCUGUAUUCAGCAAGCACAUGGUGGAUGAUCAAAGCAAGGACGAGGCACUUUUGCACCUGUAUAUUCUGAUAUACCGAAAGGAUAUAUUUGUUUAAUACAACUUUAUUGCCAAAACAUUACUUAUCGUUACUUCGAUUGUAUUUACCGUAUGUAUAAUAGCCACAGAUACUAGAAACAGUGGUCAAGCCCACUAAAACUCUUGGAAGCCCCUCUUGAUGAAACUUCUUUGAAGGAAGCGGGAUAAACUUAAUACAAUUUUCCCAAGGAAUUCGAACAGACAGCUAUUUCAGUGAACUCUGGCAUACUACAAAAUUUGCAAUCAUAGAAUGAGAACGAGAAAUCAAAUAAUAAUUGUGUGAAUGUCCAAGAUGGAGAGAUAUAGAUGGAUAAAUGGGGACAAUUUUCACGCCUUUUCAGACGCUGUUAAAAAUAGAAAUCACCCUUUGAUUAAGUAUUCUCGUCCAAUAUUAUGUCCAUACAACGAAUUCCAUAUUGGUUCACCGUCCGUUAUCCCUUUUCCUUGGCUACGCUACUGUAUGUAAGGUAUAUAAAGAUAGAAUUGUUUACUAAACUUUGUAUAAUAUGUUAUUAUUAUUGUGUUUAUGACGCGGCCUUCAGAUGCCUACUGUAAGGCAUAUUUUAAGAGACUCAGAUAUAUCUUGCACACAAAAUCUUUGAAUUUUUGAACAAUAAUUUUACACAAUGGCUGACUUACUGCAGUCUUUUUCUUAUUUUUGCCAAACUUUAUUCGAAUGUGAUUGUAUACUUGACAUUGAUACAAAACACAGGACAUUCAUAAAGCGAACUUGCAGAGAUACAGGCGUAAUGUAUCUGCUAACAUGGGAACAAUGGAGAUGGGCACCUUAUCUUGGCCUGUUGGAGGUAUGAGGAAGGGUGGGCCACUUGCCGAUAAAUAGUAUUUGGUAAAAAAUGUUACUUGAAUAGGGUUGUACCGGGGCCCGCGCCACAGGGGGCCAUGGUCAGUGGCGGAAAUUCAGGCUUUCGUUUUUGGGGGGGUUGUCAGCCUUAGUUUUUCCGACAAGAUAACAUUGUGGAUCAUGUCUAAUUUUAAGGAAACGUGGAUCAUGUCUAAUUUUGGUGAUUUUUGGUGGGAGUCUUUAGAAAUCUUUGCUGACCACGCCAUAAUUAAGUAGCUCAUCUAAGACAAGUGAUGAUACAAAAGGUCGACCGAUUACACUUUUGACAGGUCGUUCAUAAUAACAAAAUGAUUGCAAUUGUAACAUUCAUUUUCUGCAUUUUAUUUGUUUCCUUUAGUGGGAAUACGUUCGAAAAUAACUUUUAUUAGGAAGAAUCCGAUGGAAGAUCAGCUAAUCUUUAUAGAAUUGAAAUUAAAUAUACAAUUCACAAGCAGUUUUGAA